CAUGGGGACCUGGAUGCUGACGAAGGCUCGCGAGGCUGUGAGCAGCCACAGUGCCCUGCUCAGAAGCCCCAAGCUCGUCAGUCAGUCGAGCCAGUUCUCCGUUUGCACUCGGCAGCACGGGCAGGCGAGUGGCUCCUAGUUCUAGGAGCAGAACAGCAGUGCCCCAGUCCUGGUGCCCCAACCCCGAGCCUCGCCUGCCUGCCCUGCGCCAGCAUGGCCACCAUCACCUGCACCCGAUUCACAGAAGAGUACCAGCUCUUUGAAGAACUGGGAAAGGGAGCCUUCUCCGUCGUGCGCAGGUGUGUGAAGGUGCUGGCUGGCCAGGAGUAUGCUGCCAAGAUCAUAAACACCAAGAAGCUCUCAGCCAGAGACCAUCAGAAGCUGGAGCGCGAGGCCCGCAUCUGCCGCCUGCUGAAGCAUCCCAACAUCGUCCGGCUCCAUGACAGCAUCUCUGAGGAGGGCCACCACUACCUGAUCUUCGACCUAGUCACUGGUGGGGAGCUGUUUGAGGACAUCGUGGCCCGGGAGUAUUACAGUGAGGCAGAUGCCAGUCACUGCAUCCAGCAGAUCCUGGAGGCUGUGCUGCACUGCCACCAGAUGGGGGUGGUGCACCGGGACCUGAAGCCGGAGAAUCUGCUGCUGGCCUCCAAGCUCAAGGGUGCUGCCGUGAAACUGGCUGACUUUGGCUUGGCCAUCGAGGUGGAGGGGGAGCAGCAGGCAUGGUUUGGGUUCGCAGGGACACCUGGAUACCUCUCCCCAGAAGUGCUGCGGAAGGACCCAUAUGGGAAGCCUGUGGACCUGUGGGCCUGUGGGGUCAUCCUGUACAUCCUGUUGGUUGGGUACCCCCCCUUCUGGGAUGAGGACCAGCACCGUCUGUACCAGCAGAUCAAAGCUGGCGCCUAUGAUUUCCCAUCACCAGAAUGGGACACCGUCACUCCAGAAGCCAAGGAUCUGAUCAAUAAGAUGCUGACCAUUAAUCCUUCCAAACGAAUCACAGCUGCAGAGGCCCUCAAGCACCCCUGGAUCUCGCACCGGUCCACAGUGGCCUCCUGCAUGCACAGACAGGAGACGGUGGACUGCCUGAAGAAGUUCAACGCCAGGAGGAAACUCAAGGGAGCCAUCCUCACCACCAUGCUGGCCACCAGGAACUUCUCCGGAGGGAAGAGUGGAGGGAACAAGAAGAACGAUGGCGUGAAGAAAAGAAAGUCCAGUUCCAGCGUUCAGUUAAUGGAAUCUUCGGAGAGCACCAACACCACCAUUGAGGACGAAGACACCAAAGUGCGGAAACAGGAAAUUAUAAAAGUGACAGAACAGCUGAUUGAAGCCAUAAGCAAUGGAGAUUUUGAAUCCUACACGAAGAUGUGCGAUCCUGGGAUGACAGCCUUCGAACCCGAGGCCCUUGGGAACCUGGUGGAGGGCCUGGACUUCCAUCGAUUCUAUUUUGAAAACCUGUGGUCCCGGAACAGCAAGCCUGUGCACACCACCAUCCUGAACCCCCACAUCCACCUGAUGGGCGAUGAGUCGGCCUGCAUCGCCUACAUCCGCAUCACGCAGUACCUGGACGCCGGAGGCAUCCCCCGUACCGCUCAGUCAGAGGAGACCCGUGUCUGGCACCGCAGGGAUGGCAAAUGGCAGAUCGUCCACUUCCACAGAUCUGGGGCACCCUCCGUCCUGCCCCAUUGAAGAACCAGGCCGGGGUCACUGCACUGCUGUCGCAGGGAUCCACUCUUUGUCCAUGGAAUGUGCUGCUGGCUCUCCCACUGGAUUUUGCUGGAAUUCUCCCCACCACGUUACCCCAACACCACCACUGUCACUUCUGCACCUGCAUCAAGGAACCCUGCUUGUUCACAAAAGCCAUCACAAGUUCACAGCAAAUGGCCAAACCUCCCCACCCACCUCCCUUGUUCCCUCCCUGCCAGGACAGGACUGCUCAGGCUUGGGUACCCAGGGUGCUGGCCCAGAGACCCCCGACCUCCACCCAGCUGUCGUGAACCCCAUCUGGCCCUGGCUAUAGGCUAGACCACCUCAGCUGUGGGUUCACCAGGGCAGGAGAAGGAGGGGUACACGGCACAGAUGGCUGACCUUCUCCUGGAUCUUAUCUUUUCUGGGGUCCCUGGGGAAGGGCAGAUGAACCCCCAAAACUCCCCCAAGCUAAUCUUCCUGUGGGAGAGGGUAAGAGAGGAGCAGAUACCAGGAGCCCCUUGUCUCGAACUGCUGCCCCAAUUUCCCCACGCCCACACUGGCCUCGUGGUGUCUGCUCACCCUUCCUGCCUGCUGCUCACCACCUGCCGCGCACCACAGUGUGGGGAGCUCGACCUCUCCUCAGCUGUCCCCACUGCAGCCCUCCGGCACUGAUGCGCUCACCCACCUUCCAGUCCAUUGACUCUGGAGAAUUCCAGCUCCAUCCAGUCUGAGAGAAGGAAUCUGAUCGUGUUUCAGGGGCAAAAGAAAACACCGUUUAGGUAUCUCUUCUACUUGGACAGCAUGCCUUUUUAUAGCCAAAAUUCUGUGUAUUUCGUAAAUGGAUUUCAUGUUAAUGGAUAUUUAUGUAAUAACUAGACCUCUCAAAUUAUUGUGAGGAGGGUUGGGUUGGGAAGAGGGCUUGGAAGAAGGAAUGAGGGGUAGUUUUUAUUUUGUUCUACUUUAUUUUAUUUUAUUUUUUUACAUUUCUGAGGUGGACCUUGCCCCUGGGGUUAUCUGGGGACUUGACCCCAGGACACACGGCGCCCUCUGCCGUUGCUUUACCAUGGUCCUGAGGUAAGCUGGUGCAGGGCUUCCUGCCAGGACCGAGGAAGCAUCAGGAGCUGGAGUGACCUAGAAGUGGCAAGGCAGGAGAGGGAGGGGUGGUCAGGAUGGAGGUAUCUGGGCUCGGUUUUGCUUCUCUCACAAGGUGGGGUCCUAUGCCUGCCCCUCCCAGGGCUUCAUUCCUCCAUGUCUGGGUGCCACCCCCGGCCCCCAGCUCAAGUCACCAUCUCUCGUCCCCCCUUGGCCUCUGUUGGGUUUCUGCUCUUCGCACCUCAUGCUGCACUUGAGGUUUGCAGCCUCCCCUUCUCCCUCUUGUCCUCUGCCCCUGGGGUUGGCCCGAUGUGGAAUGCCUUGGCCCAUCCGCAAGGAUCUCCUGUCUGCAGUUUUUUUUGCAUGACUUUAUAUGCAGUAAGUAUGUUGAAAAAAAAAAAAAAAAAAGAAAAACAUUCAACAAAUCAAUCUACAUGUUUUGGACAAAAAACUAAGAAUAAUAGAGGUUGUAUUCUCAAUGUCCGACUUGGAAUUAUGUCGCUGCCUCUCUGUGCUUUUGGCCUCUGUGUGGCCGUGUUUUGCCAGCAUGAGAUACUGUCCCCUCUGGAGGAUUUUAGGGGAGGAAGAGACACAUCCCCAAGGGUUUGGAGACAGCUCUGGCUCCCCUGACCCUCCUGGGUAUUUUUUGGAGCAGAAUUGGUGGGAAUGUUUAAUCCAGACCUUUCUGAGCUUCACCUCAUCACGAGCUGUCUGUUGGACUCUUCUCAAGUCCUGCUGCCCAGGGACAGGUGAGACAGGCCAGGCUGCAGGCCCAGGAAAGUGGCCGCCCAGGCCUCUGGUUUUUAAGCUGGCCCAUCACUGGCCUCUGUCCUCGGCAGAGACCCUGCUUCCCAGGCCCGAGGGUGGGUUCUUGGCCCAACCCCGGCCCAGAGGGCUCCUCAGUGAGGCCCAGUGAUCCUACUGCCCCAGCAGAAAAAUCACCUGUCCCUCUGCAACCUGCCAGUUCCGUAGCCAUCCCCAGCCAAAGGUGAGGGCACAGCUUCACCAGGGGAUGCUACAAUCACCGAGCAAGGUCUAGUCCCUUCCUCAGCCUCACUUUCUCCAUCAGUUAAAGGCAGGUUAAGUGUCCCUACCUAGGCUGAUGGAAGAUCAAAUGGAUGGAGAGCAUGAAGCCCAAUACACCUGUGAGAAUUUAUAGGGCUUGCCAUUGACUGGUGUCCCGCUUGCUUCUAGGCCUGGCCAGUCCCCAUCCUCUGCCCUGUAGGCCCUUCUUUCUCCUCCUCAAUGCCUGCCCGCUGCUUUUCAGCUGUGGACUGCAGGGAAAGAAGAAAUGGCUGCAGGGCUUGCAGGCUUUGGCUCCCAGCACUGACUAGACUUGCUGUAUGACCUUGGGUGAAUCCUCUCCCCUCUGGACCUUGGUUUCUUCAUCAGAGGAAACUGAGCUGAAGGACCCCAAUGUCCUUUCCCUGGCUGGUGCACCACUUGUCUACUGUGUGCCUCUCACGGGCUAGAGAAUUAGAGGCAGGUCCCUACUGCAGACUAAGGUGGCCCCACUGCACAGGCCACUCCUGGGGUAGGCAGUCACCUGGCGUCUGCCCAGGCACCACAGUGACCCUUAGGCAACAGGCAGGAGACACUGGCAGGAAAAACUACCCAGAGCCCAACCUCACCAGAUAAGCUCUGUGCUCCUCGUAAACACCCUUUAGAUGCAAAAAAUCCAGACCUGAGUCAAAACCCAGGCUCCAGCAUGCAACUCCGUUUACAGGAAAGUGCUCUACUAGUUUGCGCUACUGCAGCGCAAAUCCUGACCCAGGGCCUCCAGUCUCCCUUUAAAGGGAGCCCUUUGGGGGAUGUGUUUGCCAGACUCCCCAUGCUGGUUUCUUUGUUAUUAUUUGUUUGGGGUUUUGUUUCAGUUCUUUCUUUGUUUUGUUUUUCUAAAAACAUGUGGCUGUGAACUUGAAUGACCACUGCUCAAAACUUCUGCUAUUGGGGGGUGGGAGGGAAGAAAGGGUGUCUGUUUUAUUCUUGGUGUUUUCAGUGCAAUAAAUAGCUACAAAAUCCUG